AUGAGAUCAGCCUGGGCAGCACUAUUGUUCGCAUUCUGUUGGAUAGGACUUGCGAAGGCAUUUUACUUGCCUGGAGUCGCUCCCACGAACUAUAAGGAGGGCGAUGAUAUCCCCUUGUAUGUGAACCAUUUGACGCCAUCACUGCAACAUUUGAUUGAUGCUCAUAACAAAGGCAAAGGCAAAUCGAAAACCGCAAUCUAUGCCUAUGACUAUUAUUAUCCAAAGUUUAAGUUUUGCAAACCUAAGGAUGGUCCCGUCAAGCAGCCAGAAUCCUUAGGUGCGAUCAUCUUUGGUGACCGUAUUUUCAAUUCCCCAUUCGAAAUCCAAAUGUUGAAGCCCAAAACUUGUCAGACUUUGUGCAUACCAGAAUAUUCCAAAAGCGAUGCCUCAUUUAUGGCAAGAAAAAUCCGCGCUGGGUACACUUACAACUGGAUCAUUGAUGGCUUGCCAGCUGCCAGAACUGUGAGAGAACGGAAGACCAACUCUGACUUCUACUCUCCUGGUUUUCCAAUUGGAGCUGUCGAUGAGAACAACAAUGCUCAAUUAUACAACCACUUCAACAUAAAGAUAGAGUAUCACAAGAGAAAGGACAACAAUUUGAGAGUUGUCGGCGUGACUGUGGAACCAGAAUCUUUCGAUAGACUGAAGCUCGACCUUAAAGCAAAACCGGAAGAGGUUUGUAACUCAGAUUUGAAAAAGGCUGUUAUUGCGAAGGAUAAGGAGGUCAAAGUUUGGUACACUUACAGUGUCGAAUUCAUCGAAUCAGACACCGCAUGGGCAACGAGAUGGGACAAGUACUUACACGUGUACGAUCCUAAAAUUCAAUGGUUGUCGUUAAUUAAUUUCACUUUGGUUGUCUUGAUUUUGGCCGCUGUUAUGGUACAAAUCUUGGUCAGUACUUUGAAAAAUGAUAUUGUAAAGUAUAACGAAGUGGACUUGGAUGCGGAUGUUGCAUACGAUAGUGGCUGGAAACUUGUUUACGGUGAUGUUUUCAGGUCUCCUUUCCAACAGAAUGUUGUUGUCGAUCUUAGUUGGAAGUGGUGUUCAAUUGUUUUGCAUGGCCCUAGUAACGAUCAUAUUUGCAUUGCUUGGAUUGUUGUCCCCUUCAAAUAG